AUGAAUUCACACUAUAGAACAUCCCAGCAGGUUGGGAAGAAGAAAAAGGAAGAGGAUCCAGAUGCGUUUAUGCGACUGUCAGAUCAAGAAAUAGCAGGAUGUAUCAGUGACAUAGGUGUACCCUUCUCCGAGAACGACCUCAAGACUCCCAAACCACAACAGAUUCAGAUGGUAUUCGAGCAUCUGGGCGACAUUCUCAUGAACGCGACUCGAGAUUCGAUAGUACCAGCCAUGAAUGCGGCUCACGAGGACAUCUGCAGUGACUACCCCGAUUUGAUACCAGUGGACAUCAGGCUUAUGAUGGGGUUCUUCGUCAGUCUUCGACGUAUGCUCAUAGAAUGUGGUGUCCACGACUUUUCCAUGAACGACCUCGUUCGUCCUACCUACGAGCGAUUAGGGAAGAUAUUCUCUUACGUGAUAAACUUCAUACGGUUUCGAGAGGGACAGACUGAGGCGAUCGAUGCCAAUUACAACAAGGCGGAAGAGACCAAGAACAGGAUAGAAACACUGUACAACGAAAACGAUGAGAUGCAACAGCGGCUCGAGGACAUGAGGCGCAACAGGAAAGCCAUGGAAGCUGCAGUCAAGGAGAAAGUUAGAAGAAAUGACGCGUUGAAAGAGAGGCUACUUGAGCUGAGGAAAGGACAAGAAAGGAUAGCAGAACAGCUGGAGCGAUCGAAAGCGGAGAAAAAUCGUGCACAGCAAUUGCUUGAAGACAAAACAGAAAGGUUGGUUAGAUGCCGACAAGAGAGUGAAAAGUUAAGGCCAUACGUCCUGCAAAGUCCAGCCGCGUUGCAAAGUGCCCUCACAGACCUGUCACAGGGUCUAGCUCGAGAAAAGGCUCAGAUAGAAAUGCUCGAGCGCAGGAGUAGAGCAUUACAAACAUCAUCCGACACCUUUGGAGUGGUACAGAACGAUGUACAGUCAUGCAUCAAAGUCCUUGAAGAAAUUGCAGUCGAGCUGCAGAAGGAAGAGGAAGAAGACGCCAAAGCGGCCAAGAACAAAGACGAUCUAAACGAGCGAGGUGCCUCAGUCCGAGAAGUCGAGCAAAACGAGCAACUUCUGCUGAAACAAUUGGAAAAGUGGGAGAGCAGAAUAGAGACGUUGAGAAAACAACAGAAAGAGAGAGAGGAACAAAACAAGACGAAGAUGGAGGAGUUGUGGGAACAGCAACGACAGCUUCGCGAAGAACGAGAGAUAAAGAGUCGAGAUAUGGAUAGGCGCAAAGCACGUAUUGACCAGACCGAGAAGAAGAUGGCAGAGCUGAAAGAAGCUAUCGAAAAAGAGGUCAAAGAUGCCCAUGAACAGUACCUCAAGCUCGAAUCACACAUCAGGCUCUACAUUACCGAGAUGGAGCAGAGCAUUGCCUGA